UCAACAACCACAAUUUCUCUCCAGUAUCACCAUCAGAUAUCUCCUUCCAUCUACCUUUUGGAUUUGGUAAAAGUAAAGAAGAAGAGGAAAUAAAAAUAUGCAGCAGAUAAGAGGAGGAGCAGCAAGCGAAGUGUUGUCGGUUUCCAUCCCUUCAACUUCAACAACUGGAGGAGCUCUCAAGUCUCCUCAACUACUUGCGCAGAACUUCCAUUCUCUGUCCUUUCUCUCUCCUCCUUCCCAUCUUACUAAAAGAUGCCCCUCUUUUGGCAUUCCGAGGCUAGGAGCCGGCAUGUAUAAGUGCCGACCAAGAGGCUUAACUGUGAGAGCGUCAGGGGAUUCGGCUGGUAAUCCGGUUCCAGUUUCUCCUCUUGAAUUCGAGUCCCCAGUUGGGCAGCUUCUGGCACAAAUAUUGCAAACCCAUCCACAUUUACUCCCUGCAGCCAUUGAUCAGCAACUUGAGAACCUUCAAACGGAUAGAGAUGCCCAGAAAGAAGAAGCUGCGUCAUCUCAAGAUUUCCUUUACAAGAGAAUAGCUGAAGUCAAGGAGAAAGAAAGGAGAAAGGCACUGGAGGAGAUCAUUUACUCCAUGAUUGUACAUAAAUUUUUAGACAAUGACAUUUCCAUGAUCCCAAAGAUAUCGCCGACAUCAGAUCCCACUGGACGAGUGGAUUUUUGGCCAAACCAGGAACAAAAAUUAGAAUCUGUUCAUUCCCCUGAAGCCUUUGAGAUGAUACAGAGCCACUUGUCUAUUGUACUAGGAGAACGAUUAGUUGGCCCCCUUGAGACCACUGUUCAAAUUAGCAAAAUCAAACUUGGGAAAUUAUAUGCUGCUUCUUUAAUGUAUGGAUAUUUCCUCAGAAGAGUUGAUCAGCGAUAUCAGCUUGAGAGAGCCAUGAAUACCCUUCCCAAGGGAUUUGAUGAAGACAGGGCAAGAUUUGAAGAUCCAAGUCCGGCGAACAGACUCUGGGAUCCAGAUUCUUUGAUAAGGAUUCUGCCUGAUAGCGGUGAACCUGAUGGGGACUUCACGGAUACUGGUGAGGAAAAAUCAUAUAGACUAAGAUCAUAUGUGAUGUAUUUAGAUGCGGAGACACUGCAAAGAUACGCAACUAUAAGAUCCAAGGAAGCUAUUUCUUUGAUCGAAAAGCAAACUCAAGCACUCUUUGGGAGGCCAGAUAUAAGGAUUGCUGGUGAUGGUUCCAUUGAGACAGCUAAUGAUGAAGUGGUUUCAAUAACAUUCUCAGGACUUACAAUGCUAGUCUUGGAGGCGGUAGGUUUUGGAUCAUUCCUAUGGGAUGCAGAAAGCUAUGUUGAAUCAAAAUACCAUUUUUUCAACAGCUAAAACACAUUUGUAUAUUGAUUCUGCAGAUUUGUAAAUUGCAACGCAAGGUCUUUUUCUU